AUGAAACUAUCAAUCACCUUACUGUCAUCAAUCCUUGCUGUCUGCUCAGUCACGAUUGCCAAUCCAGUUGAUCCCAGUUCGACCAUGAGUGCUGAAGCUAGCACUUCGACAGCCUCUACAAGCGCAACUUCAACUGGUGAAUCUACCUCUAUCACAGCUCCUGGUCCAUAUGACCAAUAUCUGGCUGAAUGUUCUCCAAUUGGUGAGGACGGAAUAUUGCUGAUCCAGCAAUACGCAGAUGCUAAACGUAAAUACGACGAAGCAAAUAGAAUGGUCAGGAGGAAACGGUCCAAGAUUCAUAAAGAAGAAAAAAAGAUACUGGGUCUAAAAGAAGAACUUGACUCUAUGUGGACCAAAGCUUGGAGAACCAGAAACGCUUCAUAUUAUGGGAAAAAGAUCCUCGAGACUGAAUUCCAGAUUGAAGACAUUAAUAAGAUUAUCGAAGGCUUGAAAGAACAGCUGGAUGAAAUGCAGAAUGAACACUCGAGAAGGCACAGGAGAUUGGUCGAGUCGCAAUCAAAGCUUCAUGAUUACCUCUUGGAACAUGAUACAACUGGGGCAAUGACCACUGAUGGUCCACCAGAUCUGAAGUCAAUUCCCGGAUUUAUGAAAUGCUUCGGUAUUUUCUACAAAGGCUCGCCAUGGUGA